AUGGCACCCGAUCACACCAUGCGAGCAGUCGUAUACGACAAACCUUUCCAUGUUACCGUACGCGAGGUACCCAAACCAAAGAUUGUGCAUCCGGACGAUGUCAUCGUCAAAGUCACCACUACGUGUAUCUGCGGCAGCGAUUUACACAUGUAUGAAGGUCGUACCGCUGCCGAACCUGGGAUUGUGUUUGGCCAUGAGAACAUGGGAAUUAUCGACGAAGUAGGAAGUGGCGUUACAAUUCUCAAGAAAGGCGACCGAGUAGUCAUGCCCUUCAACGUCGCGUGUGGUCGAUGUCUCAACUGUGAAGAAGGUAGAUCGGCGUUUUGUACGGUUGUCAACCCGGGAUUCGAGGGUAAGCAUAUUCACCUUUGGCUGGAGGUACUUACACCAAAUACGCAAAACCAUAGUGCUUACGGAUAUGUCGCAAUGGGACCGUAUCCAGGCGGUCAAGCGGAAUACGUCCGAGUCCCAUUCGCAGACUACAACGCUCUCAAGCUUCCCCCCGGAACAGACCAUGAAGACGAUUUUGCUCUGUUGGCUGAUAUAUUCCCAACUGGAUGGCAUGGAGUUCAGCUUUCCGGAUUCCGCCCCGGCGAAUCCAUAGCCAUCUUCGGCGCCGGUCCUGUAGGCCUCAUGGCUGCAUACUCUGCCGUGCUACGUGGUGCUUCUGAGGUCUAUGUUAUCGAUCGUGUUCCCGAACGGCUUGCGAAAGCAAAGGAAAUCGGUUGUGUCCCAGUUGACUUUAGUAAAGGCGACCCAGUUGACGAGGUUUUGAAGAUUCGUGGAGGGAAAGAAGUAGACAGAGGAGUCGAUGCAGUAGGCUACCAAGCCACCCAAAGCGAUGGAAAGACUGAACAACCGAACAUCGUCCUUGAAUCACUUAUUCGGAUUGUGAGACCCACGGGUGGACUUGGAAUUCCAGGGCUUUACGUACCUUCUGACCCUGGUGCGCCGGAUAGUCAUUCUGCCAAAGGAUACAUCUCAUUCCCAUUUGGUAAACUAUUCGAGAAAGGUCUCACCCUCGGUACCGGUCAAUGUAACGUUAAAGCCUACAACCGGUACUUGAGGGAUUUGAUCGUGGCGGGCAAAGCGAAACCUUCAUUUGUGGUGUCGCAUAAUUUGAGUUUGGAUCAGGCGACGGAGGCGUAUGAUAAGUUUGAUCGGAGGAUUGAAGGGUAUACGAAGGUUUUGUUGCACCCUUGA